UUAAUUAAAUUACUUGUAUUAUAUUUUUUCAGGGGUGGCCUGAUCUUUACGACGGGUUUUAGCAAGAUGUCAAAAAGGCAAUAUUCAUUACGAGCUCCCGACAUGUUGGACGAGCCAAAAGUUAUAGUAGAACUAGAUACGAGCAACGGAGUUAUGUUCCCUCUGUAUGAUACCGAUACAAAUUUAGUAUACUUAUGCGGCGACUCUAUGAUCCGAUACUUCGAAAUUACGCCCGAACCGCCGUUCGUUCAUUACAUUAAUACUUUUCAAACUCCCGAUCCUCAACGAGGUAUAGGAAUGAUGCCAAAACGGGGCUGUGACGUUAAUAGCUGUGAAAUAACCAGAUUCUAUCGAUUAAAUAAUUCAGGGUUUUGUCAAGUAAUAUCAAUGACAGUGCCAAGAAAGUCUGAGCUCUUCCAAGAGGAUUUGUAUCCCGAUACUCCCGGUGACACUGCCGCGAUCUCGGCGGAGGAGUGGCAAGCCGGUAUUGACGCGGAGCCUGUGUUAAUAUCCCUCAGGGACGGUUAUCAGCCUUCCGCCUCCAAGAAUGAACUUAAAGUACAAAAGAAAUCCAAUAUAUUGAGUAAAGGCCCCAUUGUCUUGGGUACGAAACGAGUGUGGGAUCAUUUUCGCUGCAAAACUGGAUGCCGUAAAGGAACUAAUUGCAAAUGUAUAAGAAGUAAAAUAAAAUGCAAUGCAGACUGCGAUUGCCAAAUAUAUAAAAACGCCGCAGACUGCAAUAAUCCUUUCUCAUCACAGAGGCAGCCUCAUCACAAGAGGCAAUAAUUGAAAAUCUGACAC